AUGGCAGAACAGAGAACUUGUGUGAUGAUUGAAUUGUGUGUACAUAUGAACAGAAUCAGGCUGAAUGUUUUGAAUGAUGUGGAUAUCCUGCUGGGAUACCCUCUAGACUUAGAUAGUGUCAGACUUUUAGAGAUAAGGGCUACAUGGGAGAACAAGGUUCACAAAGAGCCUAAAAGAAGUGAAGCAGGACUUCCUACACCUUUAGAGGAUCUCUAUCAGUAUGUAUUUGGUCAUGAUAUAGAUGAGGACAACAUGGCAACCAACCCAGAAGUCUGGGACAGUGGGUUACAGCCUAUCAGAAACAUCCAGAGUGGUGGUCAAGAAACGUGGACUAGUUCAAGUUCUGUAGGUCAAUCACAUGGACAAACAACACCAAUAUCUUUCAGUCAAGAGAUAGGCACUAUAGGCACAAUAACAAAUGGACCUGCACAACAACAGUCAAAUCAGUUUAUGCCAGGAAGCAUCCAGCAGACACCUUCUCCAAGCAUUUACCCAACAUAUCAGCAGUACACAGCCACUUACCAAAGGUCAGUGAGAGUAGCAGAUCAACAGAACCAGUUUAAUGGCACACCUUUGACACCAGCAUCAAGUACCAACCAAUAUAGGAACCCCUCUGCUUACACAACACUUGCCAGUGCUGGAGUUACUCUUGGAACUUCCAUCAAUCAGAAUGCCCCUUUGGGUAGAUCUUUGGCACAUCAGCCUGGCCAACAGCCAUAUUAUUCACAAGAUAUGGGAAUUUUUCAAGUACCUCGGCCAAAUCAAAGAGUACCAAUGUCACAUACUGACAGUUCUCAGAGAAUAGGGUCCAGAUCUAAUGGGACUCAGUCGCAGUCAGAAAUGUUUAGAAACUUCUCAGUACCUCCUCAACAGAGCUUUUCAACACAAGGUUACACCAGAGUCAGAAACCAAGUAGGGACCACCUACACUCAAGGGAAUAAUUAUUUGAGAGGUCAUGUUACAAACCAAAUGAUGAGACAAUAUUCCAUGCCAAAUGUAAAUGGACCAAGGCUACCAAAUCGGUACCAUCCACCACAAAAUUUACAACAAUUUGAUCCACCCCAAAGAAACAUCACUCCUCAACAUAAUGCACCACCAUUGAGUAGGCCUCAAAUGCACCCAGCUUUUAGACCUCAACCAAGCAUCCAACAGAUGGUGAAUCCCAUACAUUCACCGACAAUGACCGAGCAACUUCAGUCUUCCCCAGAAUGGCAAUCAUUUCAACAGAAGUCAACAACUUUGUCAGCAGUUAUUCCACAGGGUCCAAAGAUUGGAUUCUUUCUCCACUGUCGCCAAUUGUACGAACAUUACCUGAAGAAUUUCUCAGUAUUAAAUCCUGGAGGUCAGCCAUCUGCAUUUUCUGAAUUUUGUGAUGCUUAUCUCAAACGUCAGGAGGAAAUUGGGAUAUUUAAAGAUUUUCCUCCCUUGAUGAAUACAUCAGAUAUUCAAGUGAAUGAACCUUCAGACAAGUCAGUGUUGGGACAAUGGUACAGACUCCCAGAAGACAGGCAGGAACAGGUUAGUUGUUUAAGAUCAGUAAACGGAUCUGAUUCAGCAGAAAUGAAUAUGAACACAGUUGUUCAAUCAGUCACGUCUUACAAUAAUGAAAUACAAGUCAGUCAACAAAGUGAAGUCCAAGCAACCUCUGCCGAUCCUAGUGAUAAACUUGAAGCCUCUGACCAUCAGGAAUACAUCAUCAGUCCUAUUGAAAAUGACUCACAGUCUUUUAAAAUAGAAUUGAAUGAAAACUGGGAAAGUGAACAAACUGUCAGUCCUGAAAGAGAGCAAGAUGACUCUGAGGUUACACUCUCAUCUGAUGAAAUAGAUAAUGGCCAAAAAGAUAGGCAUCAGUACAUGAUGGUUAAAUUACCAUUUCAUCCCCCCUCCAAGACGAAACAAAAGAAGAAAAGUUCAAUGUCUGCCAAUCAGAAAGUUAUAUUGUCAAAUAAAGGUAUCAAGAAACUGUCUGAUGUCCUCAGUAAGGUGAUGGUGAACAUUAAACAAACAUUAGACCCCACACCAGAUAUCAUAACUUCUACAGCCGAGUCUAUUUUAAACACAGAAACUUCAGUAAUGGAAACAGAACCAACACCUAUUGAUCAUGCCAGAACUCCAGUGCUUACUGAGAUAUCCACAGUUGAAAAUAAUUCAUCAGAAAAAAAUGAGUAUAUCAGUGAGGAAAAAGAGCAAAGUACUUCUCUGAAGAAGCAGGAAGAUGAUACCGGUGCCAUCAAAAGGAAGCGAUUCCCAACUGAUGUGGAUCAAGAAAGUACAACACAAGAUUUAAAUGUUCAUCCGUCCAAAAAACUCUGUAAGGAGUCUGAUCAGAGGAACCAAGAUUUCGCCCAGUCUCCCAAAGACAACAUGAUCUCAGAGGUAAAAUCUGCAGACAGUGAGACAGUGAAGAAGAAAGCUCAGAAGGAUCCUCAACAACAUCAGCAACCCAUGUUGGAAGAUAAGAAUGUGUGUCAUACAAAUGAGGAAACUGAGAAAGAGGUGUACUCAGACUCUAAUCUGGCAUCCACUCAGAAUCAAAAAGUACCUCCACCAGAAACAACUUGUAUACUUGUUGAAGCACGUUCACGUUUCCCAAUAAAGUUCCAUGGGGAAAAAGUUUUGUGCAUAAAUUGUGAGGAUGGACCACACCUGUUAAUGCGAGAAAUUUUGAAGAAAAACUUUGUAUCUCUGGCACAAGCCAAAGCUGGUAAAGACAUUCCUGCUAAAAAUUUGCACUAUAAAUAUUUUACAGAUGUAUUUUUGGCCAAAGAACGUGACCUGAACAUUCGCUAUAAAGAAUUGCCAGAGGAGAGGAGAGUUGAGGUUAAAGAAUACAUGAUAAAGUCAGAAAUUCUUACAAGAACAACAAAAGGAAACCACAUUGGAAUUAUCCAUGUUAGUGAUGCUCACAGGCUGUAUCAGUAUUUUUUUGGACUGAAAAAUUGUGGACCUGACUGUAUUCAGUUGUACCCCAGCACUGAUAAUACCAAUGCGACAUCAGAGAAGUCAAGAAAAUGUUCUCUGGAUGGAGGAACAGGAAAGGCUGUUGAAGUCACAGUUGUUGAAAUAGAUAGUCCUAAAAGGAAAACUAACUCAUCCACUGAAUAUGAAAGUGAUGCUACAAUUCCAUAUGCUGAGGAGAGUGAUGAGGAUAAUGAUGAUGAUGUUAUUCUGCUAGAUGUUUUCAGUUCUACAGAUUCACAAGAUGGAGUGACAACAAAUGAAGAGAUGAAGACGAAGCAGCUUAGUACUGGAGAAAGUAAUCAGGAUGAUAUCAUAGACAAAGAAAUAAAGACAGAACAGCAAAUAGAGGAAGGCAGUCAGGAUGUUUUCUUAAAGGAGGUAGUUCAGCCUGUUAAAAUAGUACAGGUAGACACAACUGAAGAAGGUAGUCAAGAAGUUGAAGAUGAAAUGUGUAGUGAGAAAAUCCAAGGAGACAGUAUUGAUCUAGAAAAGGGCAUUAAUAAUGAUAUAGACAAUAUAGAUGAGAGUGAAAAUAAUGAAUGUGAGGUAUUACUGAGGGGAGGUAUUGCCCCUUUGUAUGGAGCACAUUUCAGGUUUCUUGUCAUUGAUGGAUUAAAGUUUUAUCCUUUUGCUGACUUGUGUAAAAGAUUUGAUGUUCAAGAUCUUACUGAGUGUAUGAGGAGGAGAAAGGACAAUAAGUACAGGGCAUUUAGAUGUGAACAGAUAGAGGCAGAUUUCUUCAAUCGAUUGGAGCCUUCAUUGCCAGAGAUGACAGAGAAUGCAACUCUCCUUGAGGAAGAGAUUCUGUUUGAUAUUGUCAAACAGAUAGAACCUGAAAAGCAAGAUCAAGUUGGUCAAACUGAGCAUGAACCUGAGAGGAGUGAUCAACUUGAAAAAGUGUCAUCUAUUGAGAGAACAAAUAUCAUGCCAAAGAACCCAGACCAUUUAGAGGUUACUGAUCAAAACAUGUCACCUUCAAUUAAAUUUCAACAAAAUGGACAAAAAACUAAUUCCAUCACAGAAGACUCAGCAGAGAAGGUGCCAAGUGCUGAAGAGAGAUCUCCAACAGGUGAGACAGUGAGUCACCACAAGAGUAAUGCAGAAGAAAUCAUGCUAGAGGAAAGGAGAAGUCCUGCUCAACCCGGUACCCCUAUCCAGAGUAAGAAGAUGUCAAACAAUGUGGAUCUGUGUCAAACAAAUGAGGUCUCCAGCACUGUACAGACACCCAUUUCUGAGAAGAGACAGGCACAGAGAAAUUUGGACGAAGACUUCACAACAACCGAAGAUCAGCAUAAAAAUGUUGUGGAAAGCAGUUCUUCUGAGUUGGAUUGCUUCAGUAUGUUGCUGAAUUCCUUGGCAAACAACAAUAACAACAGCCAAAACACUCUUUUGGACCCUAAUACCAUGCAUGAUGUCCAAGCUGCCCUGUCCAGUAUACCCCCGACAGCAGAUGAUGCACAGAUUGAGCAAACUCUCCAAAGGUUCUUUAAAUCCUGUGAAGAAACCUGCUCUGAAUCUCAUUGGAUUGUCACCAAAGCAUUCGUCUCUGUUCUGAAACAAAAUCUGGUUUUGCAAAAUGAACUUAAUAGCCUGAGGUCAGGUAUUGCUGAUCUAAAGGAAGAAAAAGUAAAAUUGGAUGCUGCAACUCAAAGAUGCAGAGAGAUAACGAAGCAAAUGGAUGACAUAGAGGAUGUCCUCCUGUUAGAGUGUGAGGAGAAUUAAUCAGAGAGAGGAGAAGCUCUGUAUGCACUAUACUGAAAAUACUGAACAACUUUAUCAGUAUCUCUUAAAGCUUUCACAGAUUUUUUUGAAAAUUUGUAUUUAUUAAAAAAAAAUUUUAAAGAAAUAUUUCUGACAGUAAUAAAUGCUUAGGCAAACACUAUACGAUUAAUAUAUGCAUAUGUGCCUUUCUGACAUUUAGUCAAGUAAUAUUUGUUUGUUUUUUUAUGCAGAAAAAAUGAAUUCAUAGAAAUGUAGCAUUGCAUAAAAUGUCCAUUCCUUUAUAAGAAGUAACUCAGGUAAUUUCAGAAAACUCUGGUUAGCUCUACUGAUCAGAGACCAGAAAAGCUUAUGUGAUAGUAAGGUGUCCGUCGUCUGUCCAUCUGUCUGUCUGUCUGUCUGUAAACAAUUUUUCAAAAUGCUACUCCUCCUGCAGUUUUGGUCUGAUUUCAAUAUAACUUGGCACACAAGUAGACUACACUAAGAUAUAUAAUUCUGUAUAUCGGUUUUUGAUUUCAAUGAAUGGUGUUGCUAUGAUUACUAAAAAUAGAAAUUUCUGUGAAAAACUUUUGGGGGUGUGGGUGCGGCCCCACCCUGGGAACGUGUGACCGGAGGGGCAUCCCCGGGGGUGCCCUACAAGGCCCCUUUUUCGUAUCUUAGAAUGUAUCAAGUAGGUAUGUCAGGAGCGCCAAAAUCAAAACGCUACUCCUCCUACAGUUUUGAUCUGAUUUCAUUAUAACUUGGCACACAAAUAGACAAUACUAAGAUACAUAAUUCUAUUUAUCUGUUUUUGAUUUCAAUGAAUGGUGUUGCCAUGGUUACUAAAAAUAGAAAUUUCUGUGAAUACAUUCAAAAUGCUACUCCUCCUACAUUUUUGAUCUCAUUUCAUUAUAACUUGGCACACAAGUAGACUACACAAAGAUACAUAAUUGUUUUUAUCGGUUUUUGAUUUUGAUGAGCGGUUUUGCCAUGGUUACUAAAAAUAGAAUUUUUUUGAAAAACUUUCAAAGUGUACUCCUCAUACAUGUUUUGUCUGAUUUUAGUAUAACUUGGCAUAUAAGUAGACUACAUAAAGAUACAUAAUUGUCAUUAUUGCUUUUUGAUUUUGUUGAAUGAUGUUGCCAUGGUUACUUAAAUCGAAAAUUCUGUAAAAUUAUUUUAAAAGACUACUCCUCCUACAGUUUUAUUCUGAUUGCAAUAAAUCUUGCCACAAAGACGGACUAAACCAAGGAUCAUUAUUCUAUUUAUUGCUGUUGCAAAGUUUCAAGUCCAAGUGCUACUUUUAUCUUCCUUUAUAAGUACAACCAGUAGAGCUACAGUCUCAUCAGAGACUUCUGGUUUUGAUUUUAUUAUGCUAUUUUCAAAUUACAUUUUGUAAUCUGGGCGAUUUAAUAGUUGCUGGUAUUUUUCUGUAAGAUAGUUCAUGCAGUCUGUAUUAUGCAAAUAGUUCCAAAAAAAUCAGUCUGCUUCAUAUUACAGAUUCUGUAUCAAAGAUUAAUGAGAUCACAUAAUUUUGAUGUAUGUUUGUAUCUUUGUACACCAUCAUGAAUGUGUUCCCAUCAUACUGGAAUUUGGACAAUCUCAAAAAUGUGUUCCUUUUGACUUUUAUGCAAAGAGUUUAUGCCACAAACAGUAUUUACAUGUAUGUAAGAAUAAUUGAGCUUAAAAUAUGCAAACAAUCAUUAACAAUCAUUAUUUAUAUAUCUGGCAGGAAGGCUUUUAUUAAUGCACCAUACUGUUGACAUUUUUUGCCACUUUUUGAUUUGCUUUUUUGUAUUAUUAUUUUGGAUGUGAUUUUCCUUUACCAGUGCAAGAAGCAGGGCAUUAUUUGUUACAUGUAUUUUUGUAUGUAUUGUUCAAUGUUCAUAAUUUCUGUUUUGGUAAAAUUGCAUUGUUGCAUUCAAGGGGUAUUGCUUAGUGCUCUUCAGUAGUGUUUCAGAAUUAAUAGUUUUUGUUCACCUGAUAUUGAAGAUGAUGUAAGAAUAUGAUGAGGCACUUGUUAAAAAAUCAAAUAUGAAUGUGUUCAAAAAAUUUGGUAGUUAUAGUUCAAAGACAAAUAUUUUCAAAGCAUUUUGAACUCUAUCAGAUUUUAAAUAAAAAUAGUUUGUAUACCUGUAGCCAUGGACUUUCCAGUGAACAUAGUAAGAUAGUUAGGCCAGGAAAAAUUAAUCUUUAGAUUCUCAGGAGAACAUUCAAGAUUGAGACAAAGUUUUUCUUCUCUUGGAUGAAUGGUAGACUUGGUUUUUCAGACAUAUUUUGUGGAGUAAUAUACAGAAUCAAUGUAUGAAACAUAUUUUUUCAAUUUCACUCAGUGAAUAUUCUAAUCAUAUUUUUGGUUUAUCUCAGGCAUUCCUAUCUUAGUAACUCGUAAAAAAAAAAAUGAUUCACUUCCUACAAUCAUUUAUAUGCAUUGUUUAUCUUUGUUUUAAACCAGACUGGAAUUCAUGUUCACCAAACUGUAUUUUUUGACACCAUUAAAGCACAUAGAUAAA